UUUCAGGCCAGUCAUGUCCAAAAACUAAACGGGAAAGAGCACACAGAAACCCGUCGUAAGUCGAAGGCGAGACCUUUCUCCGCUGGCGUUAUCGAUUCGAAGAAAAAAGAGGCCGCGAAAGUGGCUCGAUUUACAUCUGGCACGCCGAAAAAACUUAACAAUUGUAAACACGAACAAUUGGUGGAAGAACUCAAGGAUACCAAUGAACGAGUGAAAAGUCUUGAAUUAUUGAAUGUGCAACUCGUUGACGAUAAUAAGGCGUUAAAGAAAAAGAUAAACCAGCUGGAGGAAGACAAGCAAAACGCCGAGAUAAAAUUGGUAGAAUGUGAGAAAUUUGUGAAUAGAAUUGCAAAAGAAUACCACAAUAAAGAAUCAGAAUUGCAGACGAGUAAACAGAAUGAACAAAGCGCUCUUGCAGAACUCAAUAAAGAAAGGAAUGAACGAAAGAACUUAUCAAUUCAACGUGAAAAAGAUGCCACGGUCAUACAAGAUUUGCAGCGGCAAGUGAAGGAAAUGGAGAUGAUUUUAAGGCGAAAGCAUCCAGACUCCGUCUCGGCUCUGAUAGUUGCGUCAAAAUCAUCCACAGUGGAAGACAACAAGAAGAAGCUUCUAGAAGAACGUAUAGUGAGGCUGGAGCAGGAGUUAAAAGACAAAGAAAGUCAUUUUCAUGGUGUCCUUAUGACACUUCAAGAGAAAUUUACUGAUAUGAAACAGAAGUAUGAAACCCAUAUUGUUGAUGUGGAGAGACAACUAAUGGAGGAUCGUAAAGUGAACCACGAUCUGAAGAAUAAGAUAAAUAAAAUUAAUUUACACGAUGUAGCCGUCCAAACAGUGCCUAAAAACCAAACUACAGUGUCUACACAAACAUUUUUAAAAGCAGAUAGAGCGUCAUCUGCUGUUAGCAGACUGACACAAAACUCCGCUUUAAUCUUUAACAAGCUGAAGGAAGAUAGUUACCUCAUAGCCACUAUAAAAGGUCUACAAACAGAACUAACAGCUAAGCAACGAACUAUUGCUAAAAUUAACAGGGAGACUGAGGAGUUGAAGAAAAACCUGAGGAGUUUGCAAAAGGAGAAAGAAUUUCUUUUGAACAUUAAUCCACAAAAGAGAGCGGGAUGCAAACCAGCAAAAUCAACAGAAAAUGUUAUGUUACGGGCAAAUAAUGCGAUGGAAGCAGAACUGUCGGAAAUUCGUAAGCAAAAGGAAGAUCUCAUGGAAGAAAGGGUCGGGUUGUUAUCGUCUUUGAAGAGGACCAACGAAGAUCUCAUCAUGUUGAAGAAGAAACGGAUUCAAGACCUCCACACCCUACAGCUGGCGCACGAAAAAGAGCUGAUGCAAAUGAACAUGCAGCUUUACCCGCUACAAGAAGAGAUUAAACUCUUGAAUCGUACUGUUGAAAUAUUACAGGAGCGAGUCCGCUCGGCCGACGACAAACUGUUGCGAUACCAAGCCGGGAUAAGAGAUGACGUUCAUGCUGGCGGAGAUAAUUUGGGGAUAAAGAGGAAGUAAAUAUGUUAUCUGUGCAAUUGCAAUAUGAUAAUAUUGAUUAAAAAAAAUCCGUUUGUUGUCUGUGGUCGUUGGUAAAUAUAGAGUUAAUUUAUGUAAACUUAAACUUUUAACUUUGCUUUUUUAGAAGCGAUUUCGAAUCAUUAUGAUAUUAUACAGAAGUUAGUAUCAAUCGCGUCGCUUCGAAAGGCGGUUUCUAAAAAUAAAGAAAUGGAUCCUACGUAUAAUAUAGUACCUGCAAGUAAGCGGAAAAGAAUAUUUGUUUUAAAAAUAAAAAUACGGUUAAGGUUAUUUUAUAGUUAUGAAUCAGUUAGUUCAUUUGUAUAACGCAUAACUAUGAUAUAUUUUACUAGCUGUAAACCGCGGUGUCACUCGCGUGGAACCCGUAGCCUUUGUGCUAAUCCAGACUAAUCUAUGUCUGUACCAAAUUUCAAACCGACACGAUAAGCUAUUUAGAAGGAGUUACAAACAUCCAUUAAUCUAUCAAUAUUUAGGAAAGUUUCGAUUAUAAUAUAAGUAGGAUAGGUUUUUAUUAAGGUAAGUAUACUGAAUUUAAGGAAAUGGCAAUAUAACCAAACUUCAAUUAAUUGGUGUUAUGUUAUAUGCUUUGGAAUGUAGUACUUUAAUUUGAAACGGUUGUAAUCUAGCGGUUACUGUACGAGAAAAUACGUAAUUAUUGGUGAUUGAUUUAUUCUUAAGAUUAAAAAAAAAUUUUUGUAAAAGUAUAAACUAGAAGGUAAAGACUGCUGAAAGUUUAGUUAAAAGUGUGUAUUAUUUAUGUUAUUCUAUGGCGAAUAUAUUUUGCGAUAAGUUCGCAUAACCGUUCGAGAGAAACGAGGUAAUGCACUUUCCCGUUUGGCGCUUAGUGGCACGUGUGAAUUGCAUGUGACCUGCAAUCGGGUAGCUGUACGAAGUAAACUUAAUUAUUAUUAUUAACGACCAAAUAGUCAUAACAUAUAUUAAGUACUUGGUUUCAAAAACAAUCCUGUGUUUCUAUAUAAGUACAUGGGUAUAUUAGUAGAAAAUUAUAUUUUUAAUGUAUUUAUUGUAUAAAAAAUUCUUGCAUGCUUGCAUUAAAAAAAUUAGAAUUGUUUUGCUGAAAUAUUUAUGUGGUAAAUGAUUACAGAAUGUUAUCGAUUUAGUUUACUCAACCCUCAGCUUUUUAUGUUAACAAAACUGAAGAAAUUAAUACAAUAGCUUGUUUGGAAAUAGUACGUAUGAAAUACUGUUGUUACUCAUUUAACAACAACACACUAGCGAUCCGCCUCGGCCUUGCUCGUGGUACCUUUUAUAAUAUAUCCUGUUACACUCAGAGAUCACGUAUACAUCCAACGGUGAAAGAAUUUUGGGAAAUCGGUCAAGCAGUUCCUGAGAUUACCCGCGCUCAAACAAGCAAACAUUUUACCUUUAUAUUAUUAUCGGUAUAUGUAAUAUGUAGAUAGCAUUCUGGUUUGGCCUUUAUAGUUUAUAUUAAAGCGGAUGACGUCAUUAUGCUUAAUAUACAUGUGAGAGGUAGUUCAAUAAAUCCUAAAAAUAUUAACCAUAACUUAAAUAUGAAGUACUAAUUUAUAAGCGGUGUAAGAAAUAUCUGUGAUCUUUACGCACAUGCAUUUAUAUGUAAAGCUAUUUUUUUACAAAUGUUUUUGCUCUCAAGGCUUUUAUACAUGCUAGUCAAAUUAUUGUGUGAUUCAAACCCCCACCGAUGUGUUAUUGUGGUGCCUUCAUAGACA